GCUACAACGCUAUAUAGCGGUAGAGGUGCGUUCCUGGUUCCAAAUAAUGAAAUAAGUCAAAAAAGUGGCAGCCCUCGAUAUGGAUCUUAUUCAUCCCUAUGUGCAGCUGCAGAAGUUCGUCUUUGUUUUGACCAAGCAGAAGUACCUGUGGUAGAACUAGGAUAUACGAUAAAUACUAUUAAUUUUAGUCUUGUGAGUAUGGCAGCCAUUCCCCCGAUGUAUGCGCCACCGGUUGCCCAGCAGCCAAUAGGUCAGAAUCUACCAACUCAACAAGGAGUAAUUGAUCCAGAAAAGAAGCGCAGUAAAUAUAAGGACAUCUUAUAUCGGCUUGGCAUGACAGAACUUCUAUUUGGAGUCUUAUUUAUCGCUUCAUGCAUUGCUAGUUUGGGUUUUGCAAUCGGAGUGACCAACCAGGGUUAUGCAAGCUACAGUUAUUAUUCUUCUUUUGGCAUUGUGUAUGCAUCUCCAGGAAUAUGGUGUGGAAUCUUUCCAAUUAUCAGUGGAAUACUUGGAAUUUGUGCAAGAAAAAACACAUCUACUUGUAUGUAUGGAUCAAACAUGAUCAUGGCUAUAUUCACGGCAAUAUUUAUGGGAAUACUUUUCAGCAUUUCUCUGCCUGCUGCUAUAAUAGUCACUCACCCAGCUAUUAUAACAUUCCAGAUUCUCAACACCCUUGGAAGCUUUGCGAUUUUAAUUGUCUCGAUUGUGCAUUCUGCUUACUGCUGUGCAGGAGUAUGUUGUGUGCCUCCUACACACUCCACAAGAGCAUAUUAUACAGCACAACCAGUGGGACAACAAUAUGUCCAACUUGCUAAUGGUCAAUAUAUGCUCGUUCCGAAUCAACAAAUUCCAGGACAAGCUUAUUCUGUUGUCGGACAACCUACAGCAAUGCCUAUGCCCAUGCCGCCUCAACAAAGUGGAUUCACGCAGCCUGGUGUCUCUGUGCCACAAUAUUCUUCACCUGCUGUACAGCAACCUUAUGCAGAACCAACGAAACAAGCUUUACAACCAGGUGCUAACCCACCAUCAUAUUAUAGCUCUGUAAAUUAUGCUGCCAAUCCGAGCUAUCCUCAGUGAAAGAAAGGAUUAUGCAGGCUUGAAUAGAUAUUGUACUCGCUUUUACACACUAUCAUAUCAUAUAUUCAUAUUAUUGCACAAAAGUAAUUUGAAAACGUCCGUGUCUGAGAUAACUUUUUCACACAUCUUACUGGUUAUCAAGUCCUGUUAUUCACUGUCAAUUAGGUAUGAUCUGUAGACUAUUCAGUCAUACAAAAGUGUUGUUUAGUGUUUCAAAUUGUAUUUUGUCGGUUGAUAAUUGUCGACUGUAUUGUAUCAGUCUUGUAUGCUUAGAUUAACACCAAAACAUGAAACCCCGCUGCCUCCCAGCUGACUGAGAAUGCAGUAAAAAUAUAUAUUUGGCUUAUCCGAGUAUGGUAAUUGAAAUUUCUGUGUAGCACAGAUUUUAGUAUGGAAUACAGAAUUGAAAUUUAUUUGAAAUUGAAAUAUGAAAAAAUGAAAAGUUUAUUGUAUGCAGAACAGUAUCUAACAAGUAACAACCAUAACUCAAAACUUGCAACAAAUAUAAUAUAUGCUAUUUAAAAAUGAUAUCCAGUAUUCACUUUUUUUUUUGAGUUUCUAAUUAAUUGAGAAAAUUGUUAAAAGAAAGUAAAAUAUAAAUUAUAAAUUAUGAUUUUUCAAUGUCAAUAAUGUUCAAUUGUUCACAAUGUUGAAUAACUAAUACACAUCUAUUAAUAUAAAAAUAACGUUAUAUCAUAGUUUGAUUUGAUUUUGAAUUUAUUUCCAAAAAGAGCUUUUUUUAAUGGAUGUAGUAGCAGGAAUGAAAUCUCUUGUUUACAAACAAUUAAUUAGGGUUUUGAAUAUUUUUUGUUGAAGGUUAUUGAUAUUAGUGUUGUAUCCGCCUUGUAUAGUUAAAAGAAAGUUAUUAAAUUUUAUGUCUGUUGUGUUCAAUCAUUUCAAUUCUGUAAUUUGUACAUAUUACUUUAUGGAUGACCUCUCGUUUUUAUGAUUUAUUCUGAUAUUUCUCAUAGUGCAUUUAUCUAUCCACUGCUACUUAAAAGGCUGCCAGUUUUAAAGUCAUAUCCCUUAUAUAAUAAAUAUAGAAUGGUACUUUGAAUGAUUUGUAAUCUUUUUGACAAUGUUUCUGAUUUGCUAUGUCAAUUAACACUAGCGUUUGGAGACUCUGAUCAUUUACUCAACUUGAGUUGGAAUUUAAGACUCGAAUUUGUCAUCACUAACUGCCAGUGUGACUUAACAAAUUGAUUGACUCGGAUUAGACUCCAUUCUCUGAUGACCUGUGAGCUGUGACUCUACUAGACUCAGAGUUUAGGAAGUAGGAACUAUCCAACACUGAUUCAUACCACUGUGUUGAAUUAGAUUUCCACAUUCUUUUUUAUUGUUGAAUCUUGUAAUGCUUGAUAAUAUUGCAGUGAGUUAUAUUUGUACAACAUAUAUUAAUACCUAAUUUAUGAAUUUUCCUCUCAAGCUCUACAUAAAAAUAUAUAUUGAUGACUUUUCACCGAAAUCAUGAUAUAAAUACAAAUAUUGCAAUUAAUCAUUACAUAUAUUAAAUUCUUUGCACAGUUUAUAUUUACAUAUAUAUUAAUUCCUAUUUUGUGUUCGGAUAAAUUUUCCUAUCAAGCCCUUUAUCAGCUAUUGAUAAUUUUGCACCGAAAACAUAAUAAAAUACAAAGAUUGCAAUUUAUAAUUAUAAUUACAUUUGUUUAAUACUUUGCACAGUUUUCCUUCAAAU